AACUUUGUAACUUUUUAAACACACCACUUUGACACCAGACUGCAAGCUCAAAUUCAGAACAAGCACGCUGCGUUUCGUUUGCUGGAUUUCUUUUUUUUUUUUCUUUUCAGAUUACUUCCGAAACAUCUUAAUCAGCUUUGAUAUGGGAGUUGUAGUUUUCUGUUUUUCUGUCAGGUGCACUCUGUUUAAAUCAGCGUUAACAUAUAUUGUACGGUAUUCGUGUUUGUUGAAAACAACGUGGCUUAAAUAAGUUAAAAGCUUCAGUUUCAUCGACUGUCUUUCUCUAAAACUACUUUUACUGGUUGGUAACAUAUAAAGUUAUAAUCUGAUAUUUUCCUUUUUGGAUUGAUCUCAAUAGAAACUAAUUGAGGACAAAUAAACACGUUAAAUCUCUUUUUUUGUAACGUGCAAAAGUGUUAAAAAAACACAGGGCCUGUGCGAUAACACUGGCUUUACAGAACUACAUUUCCCAUGAGCCCAGUAGCCCCCCUACAGUAGCGCAGUUCUUGUCGCGCAUGCGCACCGGAGGUAAUUGGAUAUCAAGUGGGCCAAAACAGCGUGUGAUAAAAUGCACAAGUUGAAGUCAUCACAGAAGGACAAGGUUCGGCAGUUCAUGUCCUUCACACAGGCCGGGGAGAGGACAGCCGUGUACUGCCUCACGCAGAAUGACUGGAAACUAGAAGUCGCCACGGACAACUACUUCCAGAAUCCAGACCUCUACUACAAAGAAUCCAUGAAAACCUCAGUGGACCGCAAGAAGCUGGAACAGCUCUACAACAGAUACAAAGACCCUCAGGAUGAGAAUAAGAUAGGCAUCGAUGGGAUCCAGCAGUUCUGUGAUGACCUGACGCUGGACCCAGCUAGCAUGAGCAUACUUGUGGUGGCGUGGAAGUUCAGAGCGGCCACACAGUGCGAGUUCAGCAGGAAAGAGUUCCUGGAUGGCAUGGCUGAGCUGGGGUGUGACAGUCCAGAAAAACUCAAGGCAAUCCUCCCCAGACUAGAGCAGGAGCUGAAAGACACAGGGAAGUUCAAAGACUUCUACCAGUUUACCUUCAAUUUUGCCAAGAACCCCGGCCAGAAAGGUUUAGACCUAGAGAUGGCUGUUGCUUACUGGAAUCUAGUUCUCACGGGUCGCUUCAAGUUUUUGGAUCUCUGGAACCGCUUCCUGCUGGAGCAUCACAAGCGUUCGAUUCCCAAGGACACGUGGAACCUCCUUCUGGACUUUGGCAAUAUGAUUGCAGAUGACAUGUCAAACUAUGAUGAAGAAGGGGCAUGGCCUGUCCUCAUAGAUGACUUUGUGGAGUUUGCACGGCCGAUUGUGACCGGCAGUAAGCGCAACAUGACAUAGUGUUUGUCCCGGUGGGUCAUGCAGCGGAUGUAGUUUGUGUUUCUCCCAAUUUUCUUUUUUUGAAUGAGGAUUUUUAUACAAAUGAGCCAAAAAGAGACUACUUCUCAAUAAGCCUGUCUGCAGCUUGUCGUUAAGAUUGUUCUUCCAACUGCAUAAAGAUGCCUUGGCUGGGGAGUGACCUGGAACACCAGAUCAGAGAGGAAAGCAGGAGGAGGAGAAUCUACAGGAGGGGGAUGAUGUUUUGUUUUUCUGUUGUUGUCUGCUGGCAAGGACAGACUUUGUAAUUGCAAUACGGAAAUGAUGGGUACCCCAAAACUCGUCACUCAUGGGCAAAUCACCAAUGGGUGUGGCUUCGAACUGCUGCUGUGGACAUGGCUCACUAACCUGCACCCUUGGCACAAUGAGGAGGGACAGUAAAGGUGAACCUCCAGCACACGCAGAGGAUUAAGUUAUAGAUGCAGUAGGAUGUGGCCUCUUUUACAUUGUCAAUUUGUGAAUGGAACAGUCCGUUUAAAAACUGCAUGUUUUUGUCAGCUAGUGUGAAGCAGUGCCAUGGAUGUUGAGGAGGGAGAGAAAAAAAAAAGUAAUCUACAUUAUUGUCACUGAGGUUUGCGAAUGUGUCGCUCUCUAACAAUCACACUGAGAGCAGAGAGAAAGUGUGCUUGCGCAUCAUUGUGUGUGUGUGUGUGUGAGUGUGUGAGGGUGUUUUUGUUGUUUUUUUUGGGUGGGAAGGGGAUCAUAUUGCCUCUUUUACGAUACAAUGCUAAAUAUUUUCGUUUGGUUUUAUUAUAAUCAGGAGUUAAGAAAUUAUGAUUCACCUUGACUGAGUGUCAGUGAGAAAACAAAUUCAUGUUUUGUAUUCACACUGAGAAUUGGACAGAGCGGCAUGUUUUUUUUGGAGCUGAGCACCAGCAGAAUCUCUAUUGUUACAGUUAUACAAGACUGUACACACACAUGAAUAAGAAUAGUUUCAGUUUUGGAAGGACGAAAAAGUAUAUCUGAGAAAACAGGUAAUGACAUUUAUAAUCAUGAGUAGUACAUAAGAAGCAUUUAGGACUUUUAAAAUGCUACUGCAUUACACAUUUGGUUGACUUUACUUUUGCGGUGUGUAAACUGCUGUACACAAAGAGAAACAGACUGGCACGUCAACUGUUUUCUAUUAUCCAGGUGACAAUGACUUGCCAACUCUACAAAAUUGCACUGAUCUGUCUGUUUAUAGGUUUUCUUUAUCAUGCAGCACUACAACUACAGAUCUACUCAGUUUACAAGACAGUAGGUCCACUUACAUAUUAGACUUUUUCACAUGAACAUCUACAUCCCAGCCAGAGGUAUUUAAACUUGUUUGUUUACACUGUUUGAGGUUUUUAGCCUGUUGCUUUUCAUGGGUUAGAAACUGCGAUGGCAUCAUGUUAAAAGUACCAUACAACUUAAUAGAGAGGAAACUUUAAGAACACUGCUUGCGCUGCCAUCUAGUGGUGGCUGUGCAGUGUAGCAUUUCUCAAUGUACUGUAGUCCCAACGCUACAUCACAGCUGGAUGCGGUCACAAGUAUAUGGAAAGUGAUCAAACUCUGCUGUGAUGACGGGUGUGGUCAGAAGUCUGGAGCCUUUUAACCCAUAGAGGUCAGUGCAGCAAUGCCUUUCCUCCACACAAGAUUUAGUAUUACUCUUUAUGUGUAAUUACAAACUGCUAAAUGUAUCCCCCCGUUCCCCAGCUGAAGAGUGCAACAGAGGGUAGAGCUCAGGUACCAGUCGUCCUCUUCCAGAGUGAGCAGCAAGCGACCUCCUGUACUCACUUGCUUUCUGUUCUCAACAGCAACUAUGCUAUCGGGUUCUGCCAGUUGUCACCAUGACAAAACCUUUGUGUUGACAUAAGGGCGGAUUUUUUCCUCUGUGUCAAAUUUCUCUGUCCCUUUCACCAUCUAACUACAGGGGAAAUAAUUCCCUUUUGUUUUCCUUAAGUUGACAAACUUGUGUUUAGGUUGUCAUAUUUAUGUAAACAGAUGUUAGUCAUAAUCUAUGCUGCCUGCCAUGCAUGACGUUGACUUUAAGAAGUUGACUUUUAAGAGGUUAGGCAGAUCAGGAUGGGGGAUUUAUUAUGACUUGAUUCAAAGCAGAUAAGUGGCAAAGAAAACCGGCUCCAUCGUGGCUGUUAAACAGUCACUGUUCGAGCUGGGAAAUGUGUCAUAUUGUUCGUCUUUGUAACUAAGGAAGUUAGAUAUGUUUUGGUGCAAUGAAAUAUCCCGUAUAAAGUGUUUAUGACUGUGUUGCAACAGCGAGAUGGCGCACGAGCGUCUCCCAGAUGAUUGUCGUUAACUGAUGUCAUCCGUUAUUCAGGAGCAAGAAAAUGUGACAUCUUUCAGUAUUCGGUUUGAUAACAUGGUACAUUUAGUACGUUUUUAUUUGUCAGAUGUGUGGUCAACUUGUUUCUAGUCAUGCAGAUCAUUCUUAUCAAAACAGUAUUAUUUUUGCCGGCUAGAAAACAGGUAUUUACAAAAAAAAUUAUGUUUUGUCACAGAAGCAUACCGUACAUUGUUUUCUUUAAGAAAGUUGUCAAUAAAGCAUGUUGUUUUUAACAGU